GCGGCGUGGCGGGAAGGAGGAAGUUUUAAAGCGGAGUGACUUGAUUGAUGCCGCCGCCAGGGCGAGAUGAAGCUGCACUGCGAGGUGGAGGUGAUCAGCCGGCACUUGCCGGCCUUGGGGCUCAGGAACCGAGGCAAGGGUGUCCGAGCUAUACUGAGCCUUUGUCAGCAGACGCCCGGGAGUCAGCUGCGGCCCCGCGCGAGGGGAGAGCCUGGCAGCCCGCGCCCCGCCUGCCUACUAAUCUCUACCAUGAAGGACAAGCGCGGGACCCGCUAUGAACAGCUAAAGGAAAACAUUGAGCAGUUCUUCACCAAAUUUGCAGAUGAAGGGAAAGCUACUAUCCGGUUAAAGGAGCCUCCUGUUGAUAUCUGUCUAAGUAAGGCCAAUUCUGGCAGUUUGAAGAGUUUCCUUUCAGCUGUGAGACUGGUUCAUAAAGGCUGUGAUAUCAACGCAUCACUUUCCACACUCACACCAGUGAAAACAUCAGAAUUUGAAAAAUUUAAAACAAAAAUGGUUAUCACUUCCAAAAAGGACUAUCCUCUAAGCAAGAACUUUCCAUAUUCUCUGGAACACCUUCAGGUUUCUUAUUGUGGGCUUGUUCGAGUUGACAUGCGUAUGCUUUGUUUAAAAAACCUUAGGAAGUUGGACUUGAGUCACAACCACAUAAAAAAGCUUCCAGCGACAAUUGGAGACCUCAUGCACCUUCAAGAACUUAACCUGAAUGACAAUCACUUGGAGUCAUUUAGUGUGGCCUUGUGUCAGUCUGCACUCCAAAAGUCACUUCGGAGUUUGGAUCUCAGCAAAAACAAAAUCAAGGUACUCCCUGUGCAGUUUUGCCAACUGCGAGAACUUACAGAUUUAAAACUUGAUGAUAAUGAAUUGAUUCAGUUUCCUUUCAAGAUAGGACAGCUAGCAAACCUUCGUUUUUUGUCAGCAGCUAGAAAUAAGCUUUCAUUUUUGCCAUGUGAAUUUAAAAACCUAUCCCUUGAGUAUUUGGAUCUUUUUGGAAAUACUUUUGAACAGCCAAAGGUCUUUCCAGUUAUAAAACUGCAAGUGCCAUUAAGUUUAUUGGAAUCUUCUGCACGAGCCAUACUAUAUAAUAGGAUUCCAUAUGGCUCUCAUAUCAUUCCUUACCAUCUUUGCCAAGAUUUGGAUGCUGCAAAAACCUGUGUUUGUGGAAGAUAUUGUCUGAACUGUUACGUUCAAGGAACUACUACCAUGAAUCUCCACUCUGUUGCUCACACUGUGGUCUUAGUAGAUAAUAUGGGUGGUACAGAAGCACCUAUUACCUCUUACUUUUGUUCUCUAACCUGCUAUGUAAAUUCCUCUGAUGUGUUAAAGUAAUAGGUGAUGCCACAAAAAGAAAUUUCAUUUAGUUAUAAGUAAGCUUGGGAUUCCUUUGUGACUUAUGAUUUUGCAGUGCCAAAUUGGAAAAAGGGAAGCCUUUAUUUAUUUAUUUUUCCCCCCACUGGGGAUUGAACCCGAGGGCACUUAACCACUGAGCCACAUCCCCAGCCUUUUUUAAAAUUUUAUUUAGAGACAGGGUUGCUUAAAGCCUCGCUAGUUUGCUAAGGCUAGCUUUUAACUCAUGGCCCUGCCUCAGCCUCCCAAGCUGCUGGGAUUACAGGGUGUAGCACCGUGCUAGGUCCAAGGGAAGCCUUUUAUAUAUACUUACUCGGGGAAAAGAAUGUGUGUUAUGCCAACAUUUCAAGUCACUUGACCUUAAAACUUUAAUUUCAUUAAAACUGAUCUUAAUAUUAUUGUGGGGUUAACUUUUUAUUCAUUUAUUGCAGUAUUGAUUUCACCAUAAAGUUUCCAGAUUUGUACGGUUGGGUUUUAAUGUUAAAUAGAUACUAAUCCCAAUCAUUCUAAUUGUAAGAAUGUUCAUGUCACCUUUCUGUUUGAAUAUCAAUUAAGGGAGUAUUAUUAUACAUAAAAUACACUUUGGAGGACUAAUUCCAAAUAAUAGUGAAAACUUAUUAUUAAACUUUGCACAUAUUAAGUGUCCCUAAUCCCAAGAGUGCUCCAAAAUCUAAAAGUUUUUGAGCACUGACAUUCCACAAGUGGAAAAUCACACCUGACCUCAUAACAGGUUGCAGUCAAAAUGCAGGUACCCCAUUGUUGAUGAGACUACAGACUAGUACAACCACUCUGGAAAGCAGUAUGGAGAUUCCUCAAAAAACUGCAAAUGGAACCACCAUAUGACCUGGCUAUCCCACUCCUUAGUAUUAUUCCAAAAGAACUAGAAGCAUACUAUAGCAAUACAGCCCCCCCCUCCCAUUGUAUAAAGCAGCACAAUUCACAGUAGCCAAAUUAUGGAAUCAAUUGAGAUGCCCAUCAAUAGAUAAAUGGAUUAAGAAAUUGUGAUAUAUAUACACAAUGGUUUUACCUAGCCAUAAAGGAGAAUGAAAUGGCAUUUGGUAAAUGGGCGGAAAUUAUUCAGCCUCGGGAAAUCGAGGGUCAAAUGUUUUCUUGUCAUGUAGAAGCUUGAGCAAAAUGAAGGAGGAGGGGAAUAUCAGAAAUCAUACAGAGAUCAGUAGAAUAGAAAAAGGAGAGGGAAAGGGGGAGGGGAGUGAUGGGAAAGGGGAGGAAAUGGGGAGUGAAUUUUUAAAAAUCAUGCUAUGUGCAUAUAUAAAUGUAUACUAGGAAUUUCACAUUUAUCAGAAAGAACCAAUAAAAAAUGAAUAGAUGAGCAAAAGGAAGAUCAUUAGAGUAAAGGAAGGAGAAUGGGGGUAAGGAGAAGAGUAGGGCAAAGGUGGGGAAUGUGAACUGAAAUGGAAUUCCAUGUAUUAUGAACCCAACUACUAUGUUUAACUAUAAUGUUCUAAUAAAAAUGAAAGUAUGCUAAAAUAAUGUAUGAAAUUACCUCCAGGCUGUGUAUAAAGUGUAAGCAUAUAUAUGUAAUGUUUCCUUAUGUAUAAAACAAAUGAAUUGUGUUUAGUCUUGGGCCCAUCCCCAAAAUAUCUAAUUUUGUAUACACAAAUAUUUUAAAAUCCUGGGGAAAAAAAAUCAAAAUCCAAAGCUCUUCUGGUCCCAAGCAUUUUAGAUAAGAGAUACUCAGUUUUAAGUUGUUAAGCACUUCAUUUUUGGUGUUUUUACAUAUAUUAUUCUAUAUACGGAAUUAUAUUCACCAAGCAUUAAGUAGGAAUAGAAUAAAGCUUUUACAAGUUUUAGAAUGCCCUUCACAUAAUCUUUGUUUAAUUUGUAGUUUUUUUACUUUUAGGGUUGAGUGAGGUAGCAGAAGUUUGCCAUUUUUACUGAUUACAUUCUGUACUUAGUAGAAUUUUUUUGUCUUUUGACUGUAUUGGGGGUUUUUUUGCUAUUAAGUUUGUGUAAGUUUUUAAUUUAAAAAGUGGUGGCAGUACACCAGCUAAAGAACAAUUUGAUCUAGGACAGAGAAUGGAAAAGGAACUGACUUAAUCCUGGGAAACAGAAUCAGUACUAACUCCUAUCCUGUUCAUUCCCACUGUCCUACUUCAAAUCAUACUUUCCGCUAGACCAUUGCAAUAACCUCAUAACUGUGUUUUGUUUUUUGAAAGAAAGGGGAAAAAUUACUGGAAAAAAACCUUCUAGUAUUCACAUAUUAUUUGGGCUUGUAGGUAGGUUCCCUCUAUUAUUGUUCUUAUUGCAACAUUUUUAUUGUUCUUUUUGUCUUGUGUGUGUCCGUGUGUGUGGUGAUGGGGUGUUUCGAGGGGGCAAAAUUGCGACAUGCAGUCAAGGGGAGAAAUAAAGAAUGUCCAUGAGCUUCUGA